UCUAUGAGGCAGAAAUGUUCCUGGUGAUGUGAAAGCUGCACAUCACCCUCUCUGCUGACCUCUACCGACCCCCCACACCUUUCCGCACCGUCUGCGUGGGGGCAGCGCUUCAAAAAACCUGAGGCCCAGGUGAGCUGAGCACACAUGAAGGAUGGACUCGCUGAGCCUGCCACAGGAAAUGGACCCUCAAAGCAAAAGCAGGGAGGACCAAGAUGAAAAACAUGGAAAUAAAAGCAAAGUCAAAGCCAGUCCUGCACAUUCCACUAUGGCUUUGAUUGAAGACGAGCCGGAGGACAUGGACCCAUGGGACAUGCCAGAACUGAAGGACACUGGGGUCCCGUGGUCAGCUCUGGAUACCAAAGGGAAAGUGCUGCGAGUGUUUGUGUCGGUGGGGAAGAUUGUUCUGCUGCUGGGUUUCCUUUACAUGUUCAUCUGUUCUCUUGACAUCCUCAGCUCAGCUUUCCAGCUUGUUGGAGGAAAAACAGCAGGCGACAUCUUUCAGGACAACAGUGUUCUGUCUAACCCUCUGGCUGGUCUGGUCAUUGGUGUUCUGGUCACUCUGUUGGUCCAGAGCUCCUCCACGUCCUCCUCAAUAGUUGUCAGCAUGGUUUCCUCUGGAUUGCUGACGGUCCAGGUGGCUGUUCCCAUCAUCAUGGGCACCAACAUCGGCACCUCUGUCACCAACACAUUAGUUGCUACGACGCAGGCUGGCGACCGCAGCACCUUUCGCAGGGCUUUUGCAGGGGCCACAGUGCACGAUUUCUUUAACUGGCUCUCUGUGCUGGUGCUGCUGCCCCUGGAGGUCGCCACCGGUUAUCUGUACGAGGUCACCAAGCUCAUCAUCGACUCCUUCAAAAUCGAGAGCGGAGAGGCCCCAGCCCUGUUAAACGUCAUCACUGACCCCCUCACUGAAUCCAUCAUACAGCUGGAUCAGUCUGUCAUUAGUGGGAUUGCCACAGGAGACCCAGAAGCCAGAAAUAAGAGUCUCAUCCUGAAAUGGUGCCAAACCUUCACCAACACAACCUUAAUGAACGUCACGGUUCCUGGCCCAGAGAACUGCACUUCUCCGACUCUUUGCUGGGUUGAUGGCAACUACACCUUUACACUAAAGAACAUUUCUGAGACGUACAAUGUGCAGAAAUGCACCCACCUCUUUGUGAAUGUGAAUCUGCCCGACCUGGCGGUGGGUCUGAUCUUGCUGACUCUGUCUCUGCUGGUGCUCUGCUCCUGCCUGGUCCUCAUUGUCAAGCUGCUCAACUCCAUGCUGAAGGGACAGGUGGCUGCAGUCAUCAAGAAGAUCCUUAACACCGAUUUCCCGUUUCCAUUCGGCUGGGUCACAGGUUACAUUGCCAUUUUAGUCGGAGCUGCAAUGACCUUCAUCGUGCAGAGCAGUUCGGUGUUCACUUCUGCAAUUACUCCACUUGUUGGUAUCGGUGUCAUCAGCAUAGAGAGAGCAUACCCGUUGUCUCUUGGUUCCAAUAUCGGCACCACGACCACAGCCAUUCUGGCAGCCAUGGCUAGUCCUGGAGACACACUGGCAAACGCUUUACAGAUUGCCCUUGUGCACUUCUUGUUCAACAUCACCGGCAUCGUUCUCUGGUAUCCAAUCCCCUUCACUCGCAUCCCCAUCCGGCUGGCUAAAGGUCUGGGCAGCAUCACCGCUAAAUACCGCUGGUUUGCUGCUGUCUACAUCAUCUGCUGCUUCUUCGUUAUACCUCUCUUCGUAUUCAGCCUGUCGCUGGCUGGAUGGCAGGUACUGGUGGGCGUCGGUGUACCUAUACUCGUUCUGCUGAUCAUCAUCCUGAUCAUCAACAUGCUGCAGAAACGGAAACCUAGUUGCCUGCCUGCAGCACUGAGAUCCUGGGACUUCCUCCCCCUGUGGGCCCGCUCCCUGGCUCCCUGGGACAAAGUGGUUGGUGUGAUUACUGCCAAAUGCUGCUGCUGCUGCAAAUGCUGCCAAGCUGCGUCCGACGACCAAGAACAUGGAGUACAAGAAUCUGCAGAAAAGAACAAGAAAGCACACACAGCGGUGUAUGAUAACCCAGCGAUGAGUGCAGAUAAAGAAGUGGAAGAUGAGAUAAAGAUAGAGCUGAAGAUUCUGAAAAUGACCAGGCUUUAGGUUUUAUAGUUAUUGUACUUGUGUGAUGUUGUAUGGAUGAUGCAAAGAAACGUAUUGGUCAUGGUACGAGAACCAGAUACAUUCAGACAACUUCCAGCUCCAAAUUAUUUAUACUUUUACUGGUAAUAGAUUUUUAAAGUGUAACAUGAGAUAUGACUGUAUCGAGAUUUCUGUGAGACAGAGACAAUGACAAAUGCAUGAAAUACAAGUGAAGUGGGUUUUAAGGGAUUACAAUGGUAAUUUAUAGGUUUAUUGUGUACAAAUCCCAUGAAAAGACAAACCAACAGCAUAGUAAUCUGUCUUCAGUACUUUCUGAUUUACCCUGUUUGGUGCUGUCAGCUUUAGGUCUGUUUGACAGAACUCUGUAACAAUAUGGCAGUCGUCUGACACGUAUCCCGCCCCUCUCCUCACAAAGCCAAUCAUCUGCCUUAUAAUGGUCAAACCUGAAACAUUCAGCCAAUCACGUUUCUGAACUGUAAGAAUGUGUUGUGCACAUGUAGUAGAAGUAUUACUGGAAAAGAAACGUUUUUUAAAAACCUGAUGUUGAUGCAAAGUCACCAAAAUCUGACCUAUAAUUCUAUGCAUGUAGCUUAUUUGUCAUGGUGGCCACUGAAAUUACAGUUAGGGCUCUCUCUCCAUUCAUUUAGAUUGGAUUGUAGUCUUGUUAACCUAAAAUAAUUGCCUGAAGGCAUUACCAAGAAGGUUGCUGAGUGGCAAGAUUUGCUCCAGAGGGACUUUGAGAUGAAAAAGCAGUAAAAUACUUACUUUAAUUUUUAUUCUAAUUUUUUUUUAAAGCUGGGCACCGUAGUUUUUCAUUAUCAUUCCUCAAAUUAAAGAAGAGAGAACAUUUAUUCAGUCAGAAUCAAAAUCAGAGUCAGAAGGUUUUGUUGUCUAGUAGGUUUUCACAAACAAGAAAUUUGACUUGGUAUUUUCAUUCAGUGAAACAGUAUAGAUUAAAAUUGUUGCCAAUCAUAGCAGUAAACAGUUAAUAAGCAUAACUGCUUCAUCUUAACUACUGGUAAUUAUUUUCAUCUGAUUUGAUGUUCUAAUGAGUUGCUUAUUUUCAGCAACAGAACAGCGUGUUUGUGUUCAGUACUAAUAAAGAAACUGAGAUUAAGAUUUAUGCUAAAAGUAACUGUCAGUUUGCCAUCAUGGUGAAGAGCAUAACAUUAUUAUAACUGCAUAACAAAAGCUUGUAAACACCGUCUUUGUGAGCUUAAUAGUGGGUUGACAUGAGUAUCAUUUGAGUCACAGCACCAUGUGCUGAUAACAUACAAUCUCACAGCUACCAUGGCUGUAAACUCUUAGUCUACCUGGAUAACAAUGGGGCUUUAUGACACGGAGGAAUAAUCAAGGCUUGGCUACACUGAUAACGCAUGUUAGUAGAAUCAGACAAUAUUGGAUUUGGUCUUUUAAUGGUAUUUGUGGACAGUUUGAAAAACAAAAAAUAUUACCAGACCUAUCCUUCUAUAUUUGAAUUUAAUGAACAAAUUCCCCUUUAAACAACCUAAACAACAGAACACCAUUUAAAAUAAUCAAACACAGUUAUUGGGUUUUAUCUACAAAUACAAUAUAUAAUACCAAUAAAAUGUAUGGUACAUGUAAAGUUAGAACACAACAAAAGUAACAUCUGGGAUUUGUAAUAAUCGAUGUAAAGCUCUGUGUCUGUAUUUGGCCAGCACACUCUGUUAGCUUGUUUUAUUAUCUAUAGGUUAACUUGUAACAACUACUACAGCUGCCAUGGCCUUUAUUCUAGAUCCUAACAGGCAGAUAGCAGGUUUGAUUAAGCAGACAGAGAAUUGCCACAUUUUGACAUUUCUAUCAGGUUUCUCUUUUGCAUUUAUACAAAGAAAAAUGUUUUUUACUGUGUGAGACACAUUGAGAUCCUUUACGCAUCGUUUUAAGGUGUAAAAUUCUUUUGUAAUUGAACAGAUAAUUGUAUUCAAGGAAUAUGUGGUCUGAAAUUAGAUGAAUGAGCAUCUGACUGUAUGUUUUUGACAUUUUGUCUAAAAUUUUGAGUUGUAUAUUGUGUCUUGAAAAUACUCUGUGAAAAUGAAAAAAUAAAAAAUUAACAUUA